AUGUUAGUCUGCAAAUUGGGUUUUGUACUCGUCACUUCUUGCCUUGCCGUAGCGACAACCUGGAUAGUCCCAGGUGCAGUAUGGAAAGACACCAAGGGCCAGAAGAUCGAUGCCCACGGUGGCGGCAUUUACAAACAGGGAAACACAUUCUACUGGGUUGGCCAAAGUGCUAGCACGGGUGAAACGCCCUACAUGUACUCAUCCACUGAUCUCCUCAACUGGGUUCCGCUCGGUGCGCAGGCCCAAAUCCAAGGCAUGUGGCGUCCAAAGAUCGCCAGGCCUAAUGGGAAAUACUGGAUAUACGGUCAGGUGAACCGCCUUGUUCAACCUUUGGAGUCGUCUACAUUGGUUGGAGGUUAUCAGGCCCACGGCUCUGGAGAACAUCUUCCACCCAAUGGAUACACCUACUCGGACACUGGCAUGUUCCAGGAUCCCAAUGACGGGACCUGGUACCUCUUAACCAGUGCAGACCAUAACAACCUCCAGAUUAACCGAAUCAACUCAGACGGUUCGGUUGGCAACCGGGUGAAUGUGCUAGCGACCGGAGCAUAUGAGGCUCCAGGCAUGUUUUAUGCUGGCGGCACCUAUUUCCUGAUUGUCUCUGGCAAAACAGGUUGGAGAGGCAAUCCCAAUCAGAUGUUCUACAGUGACAGUAUUUCGGGGUCAUGGCACGGGCCCUAUCCCAUUGCUCCUAGUUCUAGCAAUACAUACGGCUCACAGAACACCUUUGAACUUGCCAUCAAAGGAACAAAGAGGACAACUUAUAUCUACAUGGGUGACCUUUGGGACUCCAAGGGUGGACCUAGCUCCAACUACCUCUGGCUUCCAAUGUCGGUUGACACAGGUGCUAAAACUGUGACUUUGGAUUAUCACUCUAUGUGGGCUGUGGAUGUGAACACCGGGGAGGUCUCCUUUCCCGCGUCUAAAAAGCGAUAUGAAGCCGAGGAUGCUAUCCUUUCCGGCCGUGCUGCUGUGACUGCGUGCGAUCAGUGCCCGACCAAGCGGUCCGUCCACAGAAUUGAUCAUGAGAGUGAGGUCAUAUUUGAGAACGUUACAGGGACCGGGCAGCCUGAAUGGGUAUCCUUCCAUUAUACCGUAAAUAAUCCUACGGCGGGUGAUGCGCAUAUAUAUGUGAAUGACCAACCAGUUCCAUUGAAUAUAUCAGAGCUGAAUUCGCGGGCUGGGUAUCAUCACACUGUCCCGGUCCAACUUACCCUCAAGCCUGGUGAUACCAAUACCAUCAGGUUUGCCGCUAUGGGCACUUCGGAUUUCGAAGUAUUCUUGGACGGAAUAGAGCUGCUUGAGUAG